GUAAAAUCCUGCCUCCUGAUUGGUUCAGAGGUAUACGCAUCAUGAAUAUUCAUGACUGAGCUGAAAGAUACUAGUAGUAUUACGCAUGCGCGUGACACAAGGCGAAGCUGCUCAUGCAGCUCAUCGAAAGUUUGAGUUCGUUGAUGCAGCGCAGCUAUAGUACGUAGGCUAUACACUGCAUGCAUGGAUAUGCAUGCGCAGUGAUUGGCUCUAAGUUAUAACUUUUACAUGAGCUAUUGUAUUAGUAUUAUGGCGGAGUCUACAAGUACAACUCUCUGCAAUUUUGGUCGCUCUAAAGAAGAGAAUACCGAUUUCUUCUGCAAGAACCAUACAAGUCUUUAUGAAUCCCUUCCACCUGACUAUGCCUACCACAUUUGCAAUUAUCAAGAGGUUGCGGAUGGCAAAUAUGAGGCAGAAUUCAGAAUUGACAUUUCCAAUGAAGAUGAUGCUAAACUGUGGCUAGAAAAAUACCAACAGCUCACCAAAGUGACAUUCCGUGUUGGAGCAACAAAGCUAAAAAAUGGAUGGGUGAAUCUGUUCAAGGUUUUUUACCGUUGCCAACACAAGACUCUUCCUCGGUCUGAAACAGCAAGUCAGAAAAUGUCGUCAAAGAACACGAAUUGUCCAGCGAAGCUAGCUGUGACUGUUAAAAAGAUUCCUGGGAAACUAAGCAGAGCCAAAAGUAAGGAUCUUCACUUGCCAGCCUAUCAAACUGUUGUCAAGAUCUCUCACACCCAUAACCACAUGAAUGAUAGUGCCGAUACACUGAAGCACAGAGAUGUCAGCAAGGAGACGAUUGAGAAAUUCAAAGACUUGUUCUCUAAAGGCCAUUCACCUGCAUCAGCUUUGAACACACACAAACUGGAUCUGCAACUACAGUAUGACCAAGAUUAUGUGUAUGAAGCUGCUGACCGUGCAAACUGUCCAGACACACAAUUCUGUCACAGGUUGUACCGGAAGAUCUUUGACAAGGCAUAUGGUGCUGCAAGUGGCGAGAAAAUGUUGAGUGACCUUGAAGCUGCCAUUGCAGGGUACAACAGUGAGGUGGGUGAAGUCUGUGCCAAGAUCGAUCAGGUCAACAACAAGAUUGCCAUCGCUCUAUGUUCUCCGCUCAUGAAACGUUGCAGUCAGAAGCAUGAAUACAGCAGAGAACUUGUCUUUAUCGAUGCUACGGGGGGUAUGGAUCGAUAUGACUGCAGGGUAUUUAUGCUCUUGACCCACAGUGCUGCUGGUGGUUUGCCCGUGGGAUGCCUGAUUGUGACCUCUGAGUCUAGGGACUGCAUUACCCUGGCAUUGAAACUGUACUUGGACAUCAUACCAAAAGAUGCCUUUUUUGGCCGUGGUACACUUGGCCCUCGUGUUUUUUUGUCUGAUGAUAGCGAGGCAGAAAGGCAGAGCCUGGCAGCAGUUUUUCCAGACGCUACGUUAAUUCUUUGUGUUUUCCACCUGCUGCAGGCGGUGUGGAGAUUCCUGUGGGAAGGAAAGAAUCAGAUCAGGAAGGAGCAUAGACCACAGCUGCUUUUUGCUGUCAAAAAGAUGACAUUCUCAAUGUCUGAGAAUACUCUUGAGGAAGCAUAUGAAGAGCUCCAGGGUAGUGACGUUGCUCGCCUCUAUCCAAACUUCCUAGCACAUGUUGAGAAACUGUAUAGUCGCCGUCAAGCAUGGGCUGUGUGCUAUCGUCAAGACUUACCCACUCGGGGUAACAACACCAACAACUAUGCCGAGGCGGCAAUGAGAAUUCUCAAGGAUCAAAUCUUUGAGCGAGUGAGAGCGUACAAUGUUGUUCAGCUGUUUGACUUUCUUGUGACACGUGUCUCCAGUUACUACGAGCGUAGACUCACUGACUUGGCUAAUGGACGUGUUGAUGUGACAGUUUCAAGAAAGUACCUCCCUGGUGGGUCAUCGAUUCCAGCCACCAGCAUCACCAAGAUUGGUGCCCAUUGUUACGAGGUGAAGAGUGAGACGAAGGAGGAAACAAAAUACAACGUGGAUACAGAAAUUGGAGUGUGCACAUGCAUUACAGGAAUGAAUGGCGCUCCCUGCAAGCACCAGUAUGCCGUUGUGCGACAUUUCAACGAGACCUCGCUGAAUUUCUUGCCCCUCAGAGACCCUCACUUGCGGGAACACAUGCUAUUUCUGGCAACUGGUCAGAAAAAUGUGAGACCAGGAUGGUUCACAUCCCUACCAAUUGCAGGCUUGCCACUAGAAGAGGAUCCUGGGGUACAGGUACCAGACCAGAUGGGUAGUCUGAGUGAUGAUGAUAAUGUAGUUGAAUCCGAGUGCCCUUCUGUUGCUUCAGUUGCAGCUCCGUCCAGCUCCAAUGUGGCUGUGGAGUCUUUGAAUGUUCAGAGGAUGCUGCAGAAUAAGUUUGAUAUGAGGGGCAGUGGUCCAUUGCAGUCAAAUGUUGAUGGAGGUGAACCACCCUGCAAUGAUAAAUUAGCCUCUUUGGAAGCUGCUAUCAAUGACUGUGCCAGUCAACUAAUUGCAAAGCUCAAGCGCGAUCCGGAAGAACUCAGUGAGCCUGUUGAAUCCUAUGUUAAACAGUUCAACUCCUUGAAAACAAAUUCUGCCCUUGUUGGUGCCCUGAAGACCUUCGGUAAAUACACUGGUGCUUCUCUGGAUAUGACCUCUUCAAAGAAAAAGAAACAGGCUCGAAGGAAGGGAGUGGCCAUCAAAGUUCAGCCAGCUGCUGUUAGUCGGCGUAAGAGUGUUCUUGGGGGCCGCAGAUGCCUUCACACUGGCCGAAAGCUAAGAGAAUUGAAGAAGCGAAAGACAGUGGACAGUUCCCAGUUGAUUCCAAAAAAGAAACCAAGGAAAGCACCCCAUUCUCUCAGUCAGUGUGUAACAAACAAUGAAGGGAUUGGUCAAAAUAAAUCUUCAAAGUGGUAGUUAGUUACAUGUAUAGUCAGCUAGACAGUCACCUGACCCACUUGCUGCUCCCUUAUCUCUUCGUUUGUUAAUCCUUAUUAUGUACUUGUCUCUUGCUAUGCUGUAUUGUAUUUGUGCUUUUUAUAUGUGAAUGGUCGAAUAAAUAAUAAUAAUAAUAAUAAUAAUAAUAACAGUUAAAGAUGAAGUUGAGUUCUGGUCAUGCGAUUGCAU